AUGAAGGUGUUUAGGAAAGCAAAACCACCUAGAAAAUCGAAAUCUCCGCCUCCACCCAGAACUUUGUCAGAACUAGUCGAUCGACUGACUACGGGCGGAUCCAAAGCCUUGAGCGCUGACCUCCUUUCUGAUUUAGUCAGUCGGAUUCGUGAAUCCAACUCCGAGCGGGAUAAUGCUCUUCAACUUCUGCUUCGGCAGAUGCAAAAACCUCACGCUCAAAUUAGAUGCAGUGUUGUCAAAGUACUUAAAUUCCUGACCACUGUGCCUUCGCAAUCAUCACUAGCUUCCAGCAUUCAGGAGGCCAUUCUGCUACAACUACAGGACGUUCUGCCUUAUUGUAUUCCCACCACAAGCUUCGAUAAGGCGCUGCCACCACCAGAAUCGGCUGCUAUUGAAAUGCAGAAGGAAAUGCUUAAAAUGUUGCUUCAAUGGGAGCGCGGGGGUGUCUGCAGCAAGCUGAGUUCGCAAGCACGGGGUCAACUCGCCUCCGUGAUGCGGUAUUUGCGCACACCACUGGAAGAGAGUGGUGGGACGGCUCGGUUAAAAGAUGCGGCUUCUAUGUUAGAAACACUGGAACGGGAAGAGAAUCAACGGCGUCGAAAAGCACAAAUGGCAGAUGCUGUGAUUCGACGUCGGGUGCUCGCGGCUAGGGAUGCUUAUCGAGAACACUACCCGCUUGUUGUGGAGAAUGUGGAAUCUUUGGGAAACAUUGUGAAGUUGCUGGUUCCCGAUCUCUCUCAGAUGGGAAACUCAAUCGUUUCUGGGUCGUCCAGUCCAAGGGAUUUUCGGGAGCACGGUUUUCAUACUUCAGGAGAGGUGAAUAUCACCUUUUCACUAAAUUUCACAAGGGUAGCUGGUGAUUCUGACUUGCUACUUCCUGAAGUACAACUCACAUUAAAUGACGAUGUGCAAAUUUUGCGGGAGGCUGGACAGGAAUUUACUAAUGUGGCCCUGAAACAUCGUGCAAUACUAUCUCAGUAUCUUGAGCUGUCGCGGAUUUUUGCGGAUAGUCCGGAACUGUCACCAAUCUUUAUGGACGAUAAAGAUGAGCUUGAAUCUCUACUGGCUCGAUUGGACAAGGCUGUGAAUCAAUUUUCCGCUGUGCGUUUCAUUGAGGAACUUCCGAGCACUUCUACAGAAGCAGUAGAAGAAGAGGCCGAUGACGAAGACGAUUUUAUUGAAGUGCCUCCUCUCUCUCUCCCUUCUACUCAUCAGACCACAUCCACUGCUGAGAUGGCAGAAGGGACGGAGAUGAGGAAUAAAGGUGAAGAGCGGAUUCCCGUGAAACCAUUGGCUCUUCUUACUGACAAGUUGCCGUGGGAGACGGAAGGCCGUCCCUCUUCUUCGCUUUCAAAGCAGCUUCAAAAUCCCCUUCGUAGCGGACCUGCUCGACCUCUUGGAAGAUCAAAGUAUUCACAGGAGUUAAGACGCGAAGCACCGCAGGAAUCAAUCAUCCUUCCCAGUGAGGAAACCACACCUCAAGAACGCAGGAUUAAAUUAGAGUCUCUCCACCGAUUCUGGAAGCCCUUCGAUGUGGCGGAGUUCGAAAAGCCUCAAACGGACCACUUAGAAUCCGUUAUCUCUUUUUCUUCUUCGAUCGCUAAGUCUCUCCCUGUUAAAGUUGUCGAUGCGGAGAAGUUUGUGGAAUCCAUGAGAACGGAGGGUGUGGAAGAGGAUCAGCUAAGUCCAAGCAAUUCAAACUCUUCUCAAGCAGUUGCGAAGUCUCUGCAUUGCGAACGAAUAACCAGCAAGGCCAGAUGGGUCCAUGAAGCUGAUAUCACUUUUCCUCCUUUUGAUUGUUUAAUUUACCAUGGCGGCGGCGAUGGCAGCGCCGGCGACCCCAUUCAUUGCUCCUUCGAUCACUCCGUGUCAGGUGAUCGCGCUGCGCGAUCAAUGCAGUCACGAGCAUGUGCAGCCGCACAGGUUGUCGAGACUGUAAAACAACCUUUAAAACGUCGAAGAUGUCGAUACCCGGAUCUGGUCGAUAUAUCGAGGACGGAGAAAGUCGCCAGUCGAUCGUUGAGGCACCGACUCCUUCAUUCGUGA